CGCUUAGUCCAACUCCUGGCCCCCCUCUCCUUCCCCAUAUUCAACAACCCUCCUUUCUCUUUGAGAGAGGGACAGAUACGCACCACAACCAGCUCGCACGAUGGGUUCAGCCUCCUCGCGCCCUCAGCCAACGUCCUCGCUUGCUUCGGCUCCGAGCAGGGCCAGCAGCGGCUUCGAGAAAGCCAGCAGCAGCUCACCCCCGCCCUCCUCUGCAACCUUUUCGCUGCCAACGGGCCACCAUGCUGCCGACCGCCUCCACCGCAUCUCAGCCGAGGCUUUUGCUGGUACCAGCUCGCGCCGUGGCAGGCCGCUGAGCGACGUCAACGACAGCCUCGAAAAGUCCUCUGGCCGCGCCUAUGCCACCGUCGACCUCGGUGCGGUCAAGGCAUGGGACGCCGACGCUCUUGCCAAGCCAACGAGCCAGCUUGCCGCCAUUACGCUUCACAACGGCGCCAUUAAUACCAGUCUCCGCAAUCGCAGCUCCGAGACGAGCUCGCAGCAUGUCUACAGCCACACUCUUAAGCGCCAAGGGCUGCCCGUCACCAAUCAAAAAAGCUCGGGCCGCUGUUGGCUGUUUGCGACUACGAAUGUCGUGCGCGUCGAGGUCAUGGAGAAGCUGAACCUCAAGGACUUUGAGCUCAGCCAAUCCUACCUCUCUUUCUGGGACAAGCUCGAGAAGAGCAACACUUUCCUCGAGAACAGCAUCGAACUGGCCGAUGUGCCCCUCGACGACCGCGUCUUUGGCUUCCUCAAGACGGCGCCCACCAACGACGGAGGCCAGUGGGACAUGGUGUGCAACCUGAUUGAGAAGUACGGCCUCGUUCCCAAGUCGGUCUUUCCAGAGUCGUACAACAGCUCCAACUCGAACAAGGUCAACUGGAUCGUCACGCUCAAGCUGCGCGAGUACGCUCUCGAGCUAAGAGAGCUCAAGAAAGCCACCAUGUCGAGCCUGUCCCGAGCUGGAGGUCUGACAAAGGAGCAGAUGCAGGCCUGCACUGUCAAAGCGCUUCGCAUGCGCAAGGACGUGCAGAUGCAGGAGGUCUACAGGAUCAUGGCCAUCAGUCUCGGUGUGCCACCCAUGCCAAAUGACGAGUUUACCUUUGACUACUACGAUGCAGAUGGGAAGUUUAAGAGCCUCAAGACGACGCCCGUCAAGUUUGCAGAGGAGCAGACUGGAUCCUUUACGACGCAGGGCGCCUGCUCUCUCGUCAACGAUCCUCGGCGCGCCUUCAACAAGCUCAUCUCCAUUGACCGUCUGCAAAACGUCUGGGGUGGACGCCCGGUUCUCUACGUCAAUACCUCAACGACGCAGAUGAAGGAUAGCGUCGUCGCCAGCAUCAAGGCUGGUCUGCCCGUCUUCUUUGGCUGUGAUGUGGGCCAAUUCAGCGAGACGGCCUCGGGUAUCAUGGACACAGACCUCUUUGGCUACGAGUUGGCGUAUGGCAUCAAGCUUGGCCUUACAAAGGCCGAGAGGAUCGAGCUCGGAGAGAGCUCCAUGACCCACGCAAUGGUCAUCACUGGCGUGCACCUCGACGACAAGGGAAAGCCGGUCCGUUACCGCGUCGAGAACAGCUGGGGCGCCGAUGGUGUCGGCAAGGACGGCUAUAUGUGCAUGACUGACGCCUGGUUCGACGAGUUUGUGUACCAGGUCGUGAUUCGCAAGGAGCACAUGCCAAGCCACCUUUGGAGCAUCUUCCAGAAGGGCAUUGACGAGGACACCGAUGUGCUCCCGCCUUACGACCCCAUGGGCUCCCUGGCCAGCAGCAUGGCCAUCGAAAGCGCUCGAGGCGCAGAGUCCGAGGAUGAAGGCGAGGAGACGCCAGAGGACGAGUAUGAGAUUGAUGCGAUCCUCAGCCACGAUUCAGGACGCUUCAAGAAGGACGAAGUGGCCUACCUUGUCUCGUGGAAGGGCUAUGGCCCCGAGCACAACUCGUGGGUUCGCGAAGAGGACGCCGAGAAUGCAAAGGAUAUGCUGUCCGACUACUGGAAGAAUGCACCCAAGCUCAAGACGAUGACAAAGAGCGUCGGUGGUAGCCGAGCCGCCAAGGGUGGAAAGGCUGCGAGCCGGACAAGCAAUGCGAGUAGAAAGGAGAGGAGUAGCUCCCAGACACUGUCCCAAAGCCGCCGUUCAUCUGUCCGAGCAACUUCGACGUCGAUGGACACGGUCUUGCAGCAAGCGUCUAGAAGGGAGAGGACGGCGUUGAAAGCCAUGCACAAGCGACCAGGUUUCGACUCCUUUGAGCCGACAGAAGACGAGGAAGACAACGACGUGCUUAGCGAGGCGCAACUCAAGAGGCUUGAUCCCGAGGAGGCGAAUCGCCAGCGGAGGAGGAUGGACGCAAAGCGGUACCAUCGCCUGGGUGACUGGGAACAGGUCGUGAAGCAAAUCGAGACGGUGGAGAAGGACGAAAAUGGCAAGCUGCUCGUCUUUUGCGUCUUCGAGAAUGGAUCGCGAGUUAUCUACGAAGCGUCGGUUGUGCACUACCGAUGUCCCCAGAAGCUAUUGAACUUCUACGAAUCGAGGCUGCGCUUCAACCCGAAGGCUGCGGAUGCCGCCGCCGCCGCCGCUGCUGCUGCUGCCGCUUCAGCUUCCGAAGGAAAGACGAAAGCAGCGCCUGACGGUAGCGAGGAGCAAUCAGCCACGUUGCAAGAUGAUGCACGGGGCAGCGAAGAAACCCAGGGAGAUGCAGCCAAGGACACGGCUAUGGAAGAAGGCGCUGACGCAGGCGACACCAACAGUGACGAAGACUUUGACGCAGGCGACACCAACACUAACGAAGACUUAGAGGCCCAGGUACAGCACGAUGAGCCAACGGCUGAGGAGAGUUAGGUAGGCGCUGGCGAAUCUCGCGAAAGAAGCCAGUAGAUCAAGAUCUCGGCCUUUCCUUGCACGGCCAAAGUAUAUCUCACGACAACGUGUUGUCAUGUAACUUGAUGUGAUUCAUCUCUUGACGUUGUUGGUCUUGCCCAUAAUGAAAUCAGUGAAGCC